AUGGACCCCCUCCACUGGGCCGCCCGUUAUGCACAUUUGGAAAUUGUUGAACUACUUCUCGAUCGGUCUGCCUCGAUCAACGUCCAGCAGAAAGACAAAGACACCCCUCUUCACCUGGCAAUUCGCUACGAUCAGACUAUGGAAGUUGUCCGGUUACUUGUCAAACGCUCAGCGGAUCAGAACAUCCGGAAUAAAAAGCUCCGGACACCACUGCACAUGGCAGCUCAUUUCGAUCGCAAAAGCAUAGUGAACAUAUUGAUUAAUGCAGAAAACCUUAACUCCCAGGACAGCAAUGGCUGUACACCGCUUCACUUGGCCGUGGAGAAAGGUGUCGUUGAAGUUGUGAAAGCACUGAUACACCACACAGCAAACGUACUAAUUCAGCAGGCAAAAGAUAAAUGGACACCACUUCACCUGGCGGCCCGCCAUGGCCGUUCAGAAAUAGCCAAACUACUGAUAGAUGCCAGCGCCGAUGCAAUCGAAGCACGGCAUAAGGAUAAUAGUACAGCUCUUCACUUGGCAGCUUGCAAUGGCCAUGUGGACACAGUGCGGUUGUUGAUCGAUCAUUCAGCAGACGACAAAGAGAACUUUUACAGUCUGCUGAAUGUUGUCGUGGAUAAGACUCCAAGAGAUGAUAUCAAGAUCUACACAGGCGACUUCAAUGCGAAGAUCGGCUCCGACAACUCGGACUAUAAGCGCAUUAUGGGACGCCAUGGUCUCGGAGAAAUGAGCGCGAACGGCGAGCUGCUUGCAGAGUUUUGUGGCAACAAUGACAUGGUGAUCGAGGGUCAAUGGUUCCAAGAGUCCCUGUACUUGGUAUUCAUUGACUACGAAAAAGCUUUCGACCGACUAAACCACGAAAACUUGUGGGGCGCUCUGAGACGCAAGGGAGUCCCUGAUAAGAUCGUCAACCUCAUCGAAGCGCAGUACGAGGCUUUGUCAUGCAGAGUAUUGCACAACGGAGCUUUGUCUGACCCGAUUCGGGUAAUCGCGGAUGUGAGGCAAAGAUGUAUAUUACCACCGCUACUGUUUCUCAUCGUAAUCGACGAGAUCAUGGUUGGAGCCGUUGGAUAUCCGGUUGGUUAG